ACCGGGAUCGGAGCCGGAAGAGGCCCAGGCCGGGGGACGGCCCACGGACAGAGAAAGACGCCGGGCUGAGGGGAGAGAACGACACCGGGCCCGGCUGAGGGGAGAGGACGACGCCGGGACCGGCUGAGGGGAGAGAACGACACCGGGACCGGCUGAGGGGAGAGAGCGACACCGGGCCUGGCUGAGGGGAGAGGACGACGCCGGGACUGGCUGAAGGGAGAUAGAGACACCGGGCCCGGCUGAGGGGAGAGAGAGACACCGGGCCCGGCUGAGGGGAGAGAGAGAGACCGGGACCGGCUGAGGGGAGAGAGCGACACCGGGACCGGCUGAAGGGGGAGAACGACACCGGGACCGGCUGAAGGGGGAGAACGACACCGGGACCGGCUGAAGGGGGAGAACGACAUCGGCCCCGGCUGAAGGGAGAGAACGACAUCGGCCCCGGCUGAAGGGAGAGAACGACAUCGGCCCCGGCUGCGGGGAGAGAACGACAUCGGCCCCAGUUGAGGGGAAAGACACCGGACCCGGUUGAGAGGAGAGAACGACACUGGCCCCGGUUGAGAGGAGAGAACGACACCGGGCCCGGCUGAGGGGAGAGAACGACACAGGGCCCCGGUUGAGGGGAGAGGACGACAUCGGGACCGGCUGAGGGGAGAGAACGACACCGGGCAGGGUCAGAUUGAGGCUAGAGAGCGACGCCGGGCCGGGCUGAGGAGACAGAAAGACGCCUGACGGGGCCGGGCUGAAGGGAGAGAACGACACCGGCUCGGGGUGAGUUGAGAGGACACCGGGCCCGGCUGAGAAGAAAGACACCCGACAGACCCGGGCUGACGAGAGAGAAGGACACCGGGCCAGGCUGAAGGGAGAGAACGACAUCGGGCCGGGCUGAGGAGAAACACAUCUGACAGGCCCGGGCUGACGAGAGAGAAGGACACCGGGCCGGGCUGACGAGAGAGAAGGACACCGGGCCGGGCUGAAGGGAGAGAACGACACCGGUUCCCGCUGAGGGGAGAGAAGGGCAUCGGGCUCGGCUGAGGAGAAAGAAAGACGCCUGACGGGCCCGGGCUGACGAGGGAGAAGGACACCGGGCCGGGCUGAAGGGAGAGAACGACAUCGAGUCGGGCUGAGGGGAGAGAAAGACGCCUGACAGGGCUGGGCUGAGGGGAGAAAAAGACGCCUGACAGGGCUGGGCCGAGGGGAGAAAAAGACGCCUGACAGGGCUGGGCCGAGGGGAGAAAAAGACGCCUGACAGGGCUGGGCUGAGGAGAGAAAAAGACGCCUGUCAGGGCCGAGAAGAGAAAAAGACGCCUGUCAGGGCCGGGCUGUGGAGGGAGGAAGACGCCUGACGGGGCCGGGCGGAGAGAGAGAAGAGCAUCGGGCCGGGCUGAGGCUGGAGAGAAGGACACCGGAUCGGGCCGGGCUGAGGCUGGAGAGAAGGACGCCGGAUCAGGCCGGGCCUAAGGGAGCGGGCCGGGGCUGAGGAGAGUUUUCGGCGGGAGCGGCCCCGGGCUCCCGGGCUUCCCCCGCCCCGGGGCAGCGGCGCCCUCAGGGCCGACGAGCCCCUCGGCGCCCCGCUCCGCGCCCGGCAGCGCCCGGGCCCCGCCAUGGCCUGCAGCCUCAAGGACGAGCUGCUCUGCUCCAUCUGCCUGAGCAUCUACCAGGACCCGGUGAGCCUGGGCUGCGAGCACUACUUCUGCCGCCGCUGCAUCACGGAGCACUGGGUGCGGCAGGAGGCGCAGGGCGCCCGCGACUGCCCCGAGUGCCGCCGCACCUUCUCCGAGCCCGCGUUGGCGCCCAGCCUCAAGCUGGCCAACAUCGUGGAGCGCUACAGCGCCUUCCCCCUGGACGCCAUCCUGAGCGCCCGCCGCGCCGCCCUGCCCUGCCAGGCGCACGAGAAGGUGAAGCUCUUCUGCCUCACCGACCGCCAGCUCGUCUGCUUCUUCUGCGACGAGCCCGCGCUGCACGAGCAGCAUCAGGUCACCGGCAUCGACGACGCGUUCGAGGAGCUGCAGAGGGAGCUCAAGGAGCAGCUGCAGGCCCUCCAGGACAGCGAGCGGGGACACACCGAAGCCCUGCAGCUCCUCAAACGCCAGCUGGCGGAGACAAAGUCUUCGGCCAAGAGCCUGCGAGCCACCAUCGGAGAGGCCUUCGAGCGCCUGCAUCGACUCCUGAGAGAACGCCAGAAGGCCAUGCUAGAGGAGCUGGAGGCUGACACGGCCCGGACCCUGACGGACAUCGAACAGAAGGUCCAGCGCUACAGCCAGCAGCUGCGCAAGGUUCAAGAAGGCAACCAGAUCUUGCAGGAGAGGUUGGCGGAAGUGGACCGACAUGCUUUUCUGGCAGGCAUUGGUUCUCUGUCUGAGAGGCUCAAGGGGAAGAUUCAUGAAACAAACCUCACGUAUGAAGACUUCCCCACCUCCAAGUAUACUGGUCCCCUGCAGUACACCAUCUGGAAAUCUCUCUUCCAGGACAUUCACCCUGUGCCGGCCGCUCUGACCCUGGACCCUGUGACUGCCCACCAACGGCUCAUCCUGUCGGAUGACUGCACCAUCGUGGCCUAUGGCAACCUGCACCCUCAGCCCUUGCAGGACUCGCCGAAGCGCUUUGACGUGGAAGUGUCCGUGCUGGGCUCCGAGGCCUUCGGCGGCGGGGUCCACUACUGGGAAGUAGUGGUCUCGGAGAAGACGCAGUGGAUGAUCGGGCUGGCCCACGAGGCCGUGAGCCGCAAGGGCAGCAUCCAGAUCCAGCCCGGCCGCGGCUUCUACUGCAUCGUCAUGCACGACGGCAACCAGUACAGCGCCUGCACGGAGCCCUGGACCCGGCUCAAUGUCAAGAACAAACUGGAGAAGGUGGGUGUCUUCCUGGACUACGACAAGGGGCUGCUCAUCUUCUACAACGCGGACGACAUGUCGUGGCUCUACACGUUCCGGGAGAAGUUCCCGGGGAAACUCUGCUCCUACUUCAGCCCCGGCCAGAGCCACGCCAAUGGCAAGAACGUGCAGCCGCUGCGCAUCAACACCGUGCGCAUCUAACUCCCACUCGUUGCCCGUGCCACAGGGCGGCCUGGCAGUGCAGGGUGCGAGUCAUUUCUGGAAGGCCUGCUGGGUACUUUCGAGCCGCCCCACCCCAGCUGCCCAUCUGCUGCCUUCUCUGCCCUGAUCUAGGGGGACGGACGCAUAGGCCGGCCCUCCCCAUGGGAAGCUGUUCCCCAGGCCCCCCGGAGUCCUCUCCAUUCCUACCAAAUUUGUCGUGGCCUCCGUUGCUGCUACUGCUGCAAGGUAGCCAGUUCCCUUCUUGGUGGUCUGCUCUUCCUCCUCCCCGACGGUGGUCCCCUCCCCCUUAGCCCAGACCUUUCUCUUGGAAGAGCCACCAUCUUUCCAGGUGGGAGGGGAAGUGGUUCUUCUCCCAGAAAUCCCGGCCUUUCCCCGGCUCAGACUCCCUGGGGAUUUGGGAUUGUCGUGGCUUCGAGCCCUGGUCCAGCUUGCGGUUGCUGCUGUCCUUGGGCUGAGCCCAUGGCUCCCGGGCCCCCAGGGCUGUCUGUUCCCUCUACUCCGAUAGGUCAUCUUAUCCUCCUGCAACCAAGUACCUGGUCUUGGAGCUACAACCUUCUUCUGUGUCCUGACCCUUCCCUGCCUGGGGCCCAGAGCUGGCCCAGCUGUCAGGAGGCAAAGGGGGCCUGGUCCCACUCAUAGUUGCUGGGGCUCUUGCAAGGGCCUGGGCCCUGGGGAGAUGGAAUUAGUAAUGCUUUAUUCUUUGGGAAUCACAGCACCUUUGACCCCUCCCAACCCUUUGAGGAGAAGUUGGCUAUAGGGAUUGGGACAUGUGUGUGUGUCUCUGUCUGAAGAGAGGAGCAUAGUCAGAAGCGGGAGUCCAGAGGGUUGGGGUAAGGGCUUGGGGCUGAAAAGAAAUUGACAUGACAAACUGGGAGGGUGUGGGGAAAGGAGGGAAGUCAGGCUUAAGGUUAGUGGAGGAGGAGGGGACGGUCCAGAGACAUUACCAAAAGCUAAGACAUUGGCUCCUCACAUGUAUCUUCUCUGCCAGUUGAGAGACCUGCCUCUCUGGACCUAGUCAGGCCUCCCCGUGCCUUCUCCAGUCACGCCCUCCAGCCUUCUGCCUGCAAGACGUGGCUGGAGAGAGGGCUUUCUGAAGCUUAGAGGCCUUCGGCUAGAGUAGUUUUUCUGCCCCAAGCUCCAGGCUGAGGUGGGAGAGACAGCCACUUGGAUAGCCCAGUUUACCAGUCAAAUGUCUCUGGUCUGGAUUGGGCAGGUUUGCAGUGGGGUGAGGGCGGGGGGGGUGAGAGUGCGGGAAAACAACGGAAGUGUCAGGCUGCUCAGUGUGUUUAAAGAGCAAAGACCAGGGGCCAACUAGUCACUAGGUAGAGCAUCUUAUAGAGGAAUGGAGGGAGGGAGAGGGUCUGCUUGUUGAUCUCUUUCUCUGCUUGUUGGUGAGGUGGCAGAGAUUGAACCACAGCCCAGUGCUGGAAGAGAAAGGGCUAAACAUCACAAGAGCUGCAGAGGCAGAAGGACCGGCUAGGGCAUGUGGUUGAGGGGCUGAGAGUGUCUGGGUGGGAGGAGGUUUGUGGGGGAAGAGGCUUCAGAUGGAGGAUCCAGACUUAAACUGGGAUGUUUUUCCAAGAAAUAAUUUCCACCUUUAACAGAAGUGCCAGCCACUGUUGCCCCGUUUUCAGUUUUGAACAAUCAUUCAGUGAGAUCUGCACCGCGUUUCCCAUUUUAGGCAAAUGGAGCAAAUUCCCAUUCCAGUAUUGACAAAUUGAAGCCGGGAACCGAGGCCGGCUUGGUGCCCGUAUGUAAAGUGGUGAAAACACUUAUGGUCGCAGCCCCGAGUCCUGCUCAAGCCUUUGGGCUUUUGGUGUCCUGCACUGAGCUGGGAGAACAAGGGUCUGUAGGGGUUCUCUGCGAGAGUUCCCUAAACCCCACUCCUCCCUCACCCAUGCCCUACAAAAGCAGGUAGCUCAUUUUGGCUAGGUGGCCAGCGGAGGUGGGUGGUGCCCGAGGCUGUCUGCCAGGACGUCUGUCUCUGAUCUGCCCCAUCCCUCUGACAUAUGCAGUGUUUUUUCUUAAAACAGUUUAAAAUGUGACCUUAUUCAUCUUGGGAGUCAUGACAAGGUUGUACAAAAUUAAAUUAAAGGUACCAAGUCUUUCA